UGUGUAUAAUAAGUCAGCAUGGCAGGGUCCGCUGUACACUUAACUCGCUUUUUGUUUCUAUUUACUGCUUCUCUGGUGCUCUUCUCUAGCCGGGCCGCCGGUGACACGACCGCACGACCGGAUGAAGUCUUCACAAAUUCGGGCAACGGCAACAAGUCCACCAGCGAAGCUCCUAGAAGCUCUCAAAAAAGUGCACCACCUCGGUCCAAGGAUGCUCCAAGCGAGGAUGAACAGGGUCCUUUGCAGUUAGAAUGUCCUCCUCUGGGUCUGGAGUCACUCAAAGUGAAGGACACUCAGCUGAGGGCCUCGUCCUACAAGCGGCGAGGUCUGGGCCCUCACCGGGGACGACUCAACAUCCAGUCGGGCAUUGAGGACGGCGACAUCUACGACGGCGCCUGGUGCGCCUACGACCGCGACAGGAAGCAGUGGCUGGAGGUGGACGCCCUGCGCUUGACCCGCUUUACCGGAGUCAUCCUGCAGGGGCGCAACUCCAUCUGGAGUUGGGACGUGGUCCACUCCUACAAGGUGCAGUUCAGUAACGACUCGCUAGUGUGGACACCUUGCAUGAACGGGACGGAAGAGGCGGUCUUUGAAGGCAACCAGGAUGCGGAGACACCGGUCCUGGCUCUCUUCGCGGCGGGGUCCACAGUGGCACGCUACAUCCGCAUCAACCCUCAGACGUGGUACCAGAACGGGACGCAGGGGAACAUCUGUCUGAGGGCGGAGGUGCUGGGAUGCACGCUUCCAGAUCCAAACGUCAUGUACGCCUGGCAGGCAGAACCCACCAGGGACAAACUGGACUUCAGACACCACAACUACAAAGACAUGAGGAAGUUGAUGAAAUCGGUGAACGAGGCUUGUCCCGACAUUACUCGCAUCUACAGCAUCGGGAAAAGCUACACGGGCCUCAAGCUGGUUGUCAUGGAGAUCUCGGAUAACCCGGGAAAACACGAGCUGGGAGAACCCGAGUUCCGCUAUGUGGCCGGGAUGCACGGGAACGAGGUUCUGGGCCGCGAGCUUCUUCUCAACCUCAUGCAGUACAUGUGCCGAGAGUACAAGAGGGGCAACCAGCGCAUCGUGCGCCUGGUGCAAGAGACCCGCAUCCAUCUUCUGCCCUCCAUGAACCCCGACGGGUAUGAGAUGGCCUUCAAGAAGGGCUCGGAGCUGUCCGGGUGGACUCUGGGUCGUUACAGCUACGAAGGCAUCGACAUGAACCACAACUUCGCCGACCUCAACUCCGUCAUGUGGACCGCCAUCGAGCUGGAGACGGACCGGUCUAAACUCAUCAACCACUACUUCCCUAUCCCCGAGCAGUAUGCCUCAGAGGACGCCUUUGUGGCGUCAGAGACCCGAGCCGUCAUCAACUGGAUGCAGAACAUCCCAUUCGUUCUCAGUGCCAGCCUGCACGGGGGAGAGCUGGUGGUCACGUAUCCGUUUGACAUGACCCGCGACUGGGCACCUCGCGAGCACACGCCUACCGCUGACGAAAGCUUCUUUCGCUGGCUGGCCACCGCCUACGCCAGCACCAACCAGGUCAUGUCCAACCCUGACCGCAGGCCGUGCCACAACAAGGACUUCCUCAGGUACAACAACAUCAUCAACGGAGCCGCCUGGCACAACGUACCCGGAAGCAUGAAUGAUUUCAGCUACCUGCACACAAACUGCUUCGAGGUGACGGUGGAGUUGUCCUGCGACAAGUUCCCCCAUUCCAGCGAGCUUCCUGUCGAGUGGGAGAACAACCGCGAGUCUCUGCUGGUCUACAUGGAGCAGGUGCACCGUGGAAUCAAAGGCAUUGUCCGUGACAAGGAUACGGACGCUGGGAUCGCAGAUGCCAUCAUUAAAGUGGACGACAUCGACCAUCACAUCAGAUCAGCAACUGACGGCGACUACUGGCGCCUACUCAAUCCCGGCGAGUACAAGGUGACGGCGAGCGCCGAGGGCUACCUUCCGUCGUCCCGCACCUGCCAGGUCAUGUACGACUACUUCCCCACCAUCUGCGACUUCCGCCUCACCAAGAUGCCCAAACAGCGCAUCAAGGAGAUUUUGGAAAAAGGAGGCAAACUUCCCAAAGAUCUGCAGCUGCGUCUGCGUCAGCUGCGUCUCCGCAAGCUCCGCCUCGCGGGCAAGGCCAUAAGUCGGCAGCGCGCCGGAGCUGCGUCUGCUAAACGGGCCAAGAGAAUUUGAUGUUUAGCGACGGCAGCUUCUACUCACUGUGCUAAACAUCUUCCAAAUCCAGAAUGUUUAUGGACUAUUAUGAGUUUCAGUGAAGGUCAGUACUCAUGUCUUCUUGUUUGCAUCAAUGUGUGUCCAACGUCCUUCAAAUGACUCGACUAAAUGUGAGAAAUAAAUAUCAUUUGAUGGAGAUAAAAUAUUUUUUUCCUACCAUGAAAUUAUAAGGAAUAAUUAUGAUUUUUAUUAUUACACAUUUUUCAUUGUUCUUUACAUGUUUAAAUAAAUGU